CUUGGGAGGUCUUCACCACCAACUAACUAACACUUCUUCUUCCAUCUCUAUGCAUUCCCGGCCGCGCUAAAAAUGGCCGAUUCCGAGAAAUUGACCGCGUUGAAGAAGGCCUAUGCCGAAAUCAUACUGAACACGGCGAAGGAGGCGGCGGCGAGGGUAUUGGUGUCGGAGAGGAAAGCUCAGCGGUACCAGCGGGAGCUCUUCGCGGCCAAGGACGACGCGUUGCGGAUGCUUCUCCGGCUCAAACAGAUGUUGGAUGCUAAGGUCAGUGAAGCAGAAAUCACAUCAUCGAAUCAACAGAAAAGGAUUGAUGAGCUAGAAGCACAGCUUGGGGAAGCUGAGGAUAUAGUUAAAGAUCUUAGAGCAGAGUUGAGAGAACUGCAGGAUGAGUUGGAGAGAUUAACAACCAAUCAAGUGCAACCCUUGUGUGAAAGAAGCCCUGGCUCUGAUAAUACUCUUGAGACGACAACAUUGGAGCAGAACAUAAUUUGCACUUCUGUUCCUGUGGUCUCCUCUUUACCUGCCCUUGAGGCUGACCCUGCUCCAACUAUUGACAUUACAAAUUCUUCUUCGAAGGGCACAUACAAUGACCACCAGAACAAACACUGUAUGGAAACUGGUACUGAUAAGGACAUUUGCUUUGUCUGUGAUCCUGAUUUUGCUUCCAUAAUGAUAAGAAGCAAAGAGCCCGAGCUGUACAAAAAUGGAUGCACUCACAGAAUCCGUGCUUUGGAAGGAAAUAUCUUGGGUGGAACUCUUGCCAUUACUGGUCAGGGUAAUGGUGGAAAAAAUCACAAGGACGAGAAGCAUACAUGUCAAAAACUUGCUCCAAAGCAUGAACUUGCACCUGGUAUGGAGAAUAACCAAGAUGAAGUAAAGACUGAAUCCGAAUCUAUUCGAGCUUAUGCCUUGAAGUCUUUCCGCAGGAAACGGAAGAGAGCCAAUAGAUAUAGAAAGCAGAAUGUAUGUUUUAGGAGGUUUCUUGAUCAGAAUCCAGACAACAGCAAUGCUAAAUUUGGAGAUGAUCCUGUGAGAGUUGAGGAUAAAGAUCCUGAAUUUGAUGUGUCUGGAAGAAAAGAAAUUCCAGAGUCGAACGAAUCGAGCAUACAGUCUGGAUUGGCAGAAGUUGGGGAAGAAAAUAAUGCAGGGUUUUCUCUUAGGGCUUGUUCGGUCCAAACGACCAGAAGCAAUGAUGAGAUGUCAAUGGUGGGCAUGGAGGAGGAUGUUAAGUCUGUGGAGUGUCCCAAGGUUGUAGCUAGUAAAUCAGAUAAUGAGAUUGCCAUUGUCUCGUUGGCAGAAAACUCAGAGCCCAAGGAACUAAAAGAAGCAACUGAUUCGAUUCCUGCACAGCCGGUAAGUAACAAGUUCAUAAAGUACACCUUCACAAGGAAACGGAAGAAAGACUCUCUUAGCACCUGUGAUGGGAAUUCGUCGAUCGAGGAUGGCCUUCUGAAGAGAAGGAUGGUUGAGAAGGAAGAUGGUUCAGUGGAUUUCCAUUCAAGCUUGGCCACCCAAUUGGCUAGCAGCAGUCAGAGGCUGGACCAGGUUUCUUGUGAGGAGUAAAUGGAGAAUGCUAGAGUAAAGAAACUAAGUAGCAUAUGUUUAAACACAGAAGGGGAAAAGACGAGGCAGAAGGCAUGAGUACUUCUUUUGGGCUUGAUCAACCCUUUGUAAUGUGUUUCUUCAGCCUGUCACGGAAUAUGGUUCCUUCUUCCUCCAGCUCCCUGCAAAUACUGUCUCCCCUUGUACCGUGGAACUUAAGCGUGGUUCACGGCUUAAGUUUUUGCAGCACGAGAACUUCAACAGCAUAGUAUUUCUGAUGCACUUGUUUGUUUUUGCCAGGAAUCACAGCUUGCGAGUUCGUCGGAGAAGAAAUUGGAUUAGGAAGGAAGGAUGGAGAUCCAGCUGCUGGAGUCGGAGGGUAGGGGUUUGAAGUAAAGAAAAGCCGGUUACCAGCUGCCUGAGUGUUCAUUCUUGUCUCAAGGUAGCAAAUGUGCAUCCGUUUUAACUCUUACAUGGUGGGAGAAAGAGCUAAGAUGACCGACCAUCUAGCUUUGUUUUCUUUAUGUUCUGUUUACUGUUUCUUUAAGAAACGAGGGAGAAGAGGAGAGGGUGGGGGAAUUUACCAUUGGUUUCAAGACGAUUCUUGUUAUUGCUUCUCAUAUAUGUUGUAAUUUUCCCCCUCUGUAGGCAUAGCAUAUAUAUAAAUAUAGAUACCUUUUGUUGAUUACAGAAACACAAACGUUGUUAAGUGCAUUUCUUUCCCCUCUCCCUUCGGUCUGUCACAGUGGCGGGUAAUCUCUUGAAGUUAUUCUUGUUGUAAUUCAGCAGGGCAGGAAUGGCAAUGGCAAUGGCAAUGGCAAUGGGAGGUCGAGUUGGUUUCUUGAUAUUCAUAUUCGUUGUGUUCUAUGGUAGGUUAGAUGAUUUAUCA